UUUGCAUCUAAUUUUUCCACACGUCAAACAGUGUAAAACUUCCUGGAUUUGUUUUGAGGUCAGAUUGUAUUUGCUUUUCGGAUUUUUCAGCUCCGAAUUACUUUGCACAGUAAAUGGCGAAGCAAAGGAUGGAGAAGGCGACGACCAUCAAGCUGGUGCUCCUUGUAACGGUGUUGCUCCCUUGCUGCUCCGCAACGGAAACCAUUUACAUUACGGACGAUGUGUCCGUGUCGGAGCUGUUCUCGUUGCGCAUAGAGCCCCGCAUGUUCAACUGGUCAUACGAGGGGCUGAGUGAGCAGUUUCACUAUCGUUCAUCACUCGAAGGAUACCCGGACCUGCCCAGCUGGAUCCGGUACAUGUACAGCACCGAGUACCAUUCGGGAUUUUUAUACGGCACUCCUCCACCGCGUACGGCCGAUACGCGCGUUCCGAUCGAAAUCAUUGCCCUAAACCGGAUGUCGUACGAGACGAAACGGUUGGUGCUGAUCCUGGCCGUGCACCAUAAGCCCGUGGCCAAGCACGUCAUCCAGAUGAAGAUCGACAAUCUGAACUGGGUGCACAUGAUGGAUCCCGGGCGGAUCGAGAACCUAAAGAACAUCUUCCGCAACGAUCUGUGGCCGGAAAGCCGCUCCGAUUUGCACAUCAUUUUCAUGGACUCGGCCGUCAAGCUCGGUGCCCGGUUACCGCUUCGUCCGCAGCAGCGCGAGGGUGUCGUCGUGCAUCUUGGCAGCCGGGCAGAGUUCUCCGGUCGUAUGCGGGACCUGCAGGAGGAGGUGAAACCGUUGUACAAGAUUGCUUCCUGCACCUACAAGCGAACCUCCGUGCAGACGACGUUCGAGAACUCGGGCUUUAAGCUGGAUUGGUGCGCAUUUCGUUUGACGAGUUCCGAUGAUGAUAUUACGGCUUUGCCUCAUCAUCCUAACGAAAGCCAUAAGCACGGAGAUCAUACGAACCUCAGUGGACAGCACGUGGAGCGAUGGGAUGCACCGCUCAAGUCGGAAAUUCCGGAACGUAACUAUAGCGAUGAGAUAGCCAUCUCCUUCGCCAUUCCAGGCAUGAUCUUCGCUCUGCUGCUGUGCGGUUUGACCAUCAUCUUGUGCUUCCAGCAUGAGAAACUGCAAGACGACGAUUCAGAGUAUUAUUUCAAUUACAUUUUCUACAUUUGUUCAGACUUUCUUAGAAUGCAUAAAUCAACCCGACACGAGUACAAUAUGGUACCAUCGAACGUACAGAUGGUACACUACUCACCGGAAGACGCACACUCAACGAUUAAGCUGAAGAGCCUCCGAGAUGCACCGUUCGAUGUCAGCGAACCGCAGCGUAUAAGCCCCUCGGAUAGCUAUUACCGUGAAGGAAGUCCACACAUCAGCAACAUGUACAUGCGCCCAAAGCCACCGCCCUACAAGCUCGCCGGAACCUCAUCCGGCUCUCCCACCUUGAACCGUGGUUCCGGUGCCGAUAACGGUGAGAUGUGACAGGUGGAGCCUAGAAUUUUGUUCUGCUAAAUGGCGCACAACCGCAGCACUUUCGAGAGGGAACAAAAUUCUAAAUUCAUGUAGCAACAACAUCAAUUAUUCGCAUCAGUGCUUCAGUAUUCCGGUUGUCUCUGGUACCGUCUUCAUCUAUCCAUAGAAUUGCGGUUAGUGUUUCUUCGCAGUUGAGCACCAUCCAGCGCUACACAACGCAAGGUGCAUGAAAAGUAAUAACAUAAUCCCAAAAGAAAUAAAGGAC